UUGGAGUAGCUCCCCGUAACGACCUCCUCAUGCCUCUCCUUUUUUGGGUUGUAAAAGAUGUACAUUCAGGCCUACAAGAGCAGCAACCUGCGGAUGAAGAUCAUCAAGAACGACUUCCCCACCCACCCGCUCCACCUGGGGGGCGCCCUUGCCCGCAGCAGCCACUACCAGCAGUACCAGCCUGUGGUCACCCUGCAGAAGGGCUACACCAUCCACUGGGACCAGACGGCCCCCGCAGAGCUAGCCAUCUGGCUCAUCAACUUCAACAAGGGCGACUGGAUCCGCGUGGGGCUCUGCUACCCCCGUGGCACCGUCUUCUCCAUCCUCUCCGAUGUGCACAAUCGCCUGCUGAAGCAGACUUCCAAAACCAGCACCUUUGUGAGGACCUUGCAGAUGGACAAGGUGGAGCAGAGCCACCCCGGCAGGGGCUACUACUACUGGGACGAAGGCUCGGG